GGCCCUCUCUUGAUUCCCUUUUUUCUCAAUGGAGCUUAUGUAGGGACGUCUGCAGGAGUAGACUCUUGAUGAUGCUGAAGUGUGAACCACACGGCUCUGGGUACUUAGCGAAUAUUAAUGUAAUAGUCGUGCACGAUUCUUUAUGCAGAAUGCUAACUGGAUGAGCUAUUCAUGUUAGAAGCUUUCCCAGUAUUUACUUGUAAGAGGAAAAAAAUAGAAAAACAUCUUUGCACGUGUAGAGCGGCGCGAAUACACACGUGCACCCAAGUCCGUUUGCAGGACUAGCUAUCUCGAGCUUUGCACAGCGUUCUCCCACGUGGUUCCCACACAGGACAAAGCAGCUGAUAGUGCAGUCCUAGGCAUGUCUCCUCAGAAGUAAGUCAUGUUGAGUUCCGUGAUACUUACACUUAGGUAAGUGAGCAUAGGAUUGUAGUCUUGGAGAACACGCAUCUGUGGAUCCACUGGCAACUGUGCUGAAUUUUGAAAGGCGUGUAGAUUCUAAGCAGCUCCAUGAAUUCACACAAAAGGAAAGACUGGCCAGUAUCCUCCAACAAUGCAUCAUCAGAUAUCUCCAGAAGUCAACUCGCCUGCUACCCAUUUCCCAAGGUCUCAUGUUGCAGAAGCAGUGGCCAAGGCCAAGGGUGGAGGUGGAGGAGGAGGAGGAGGAGGAAGUGGUGGCAGUGGCGGCAGCAGUGGCAGAGGUCUUGUGGGACAAGUCAUACCAAUAUAUGGAUUUGGGAUCCUUUUAUACAUAUUGUACAUUCUUUUUAAGCUUUCUUCAAAGGGGAAAACCACAACAGUUGAACGGAAAUGUCCCCCUUCAGCAUCUGGAAACAUGAAUAGGAAAAUCACUGACUAUGAGCUUGCCCAACUUCAAGAUAAGCUGAGAGAGACUGAAGAAGCCAUGGAAAAAUUGAUCAACAGAGUAGGACCCAAUUGCGAAAGCAGGGUACAAAAUGUCACCAGUGAUCAAGAGAAAAGGCUACUUCAGCAACUCAGAGAAAUUACGAAGGUUAUGAAAGAAGGCAAGCUCAUUGAUGGUGUCUCCCCAGAGAAGGAAGCCGAAGAAGCUCCCUACAUGCAAGACUGGGAAGGUUAUCCAGAAGAGACCUACCCUGUCUAUGAUAGCUCUGAUUGCUUCAAACGCAGGCAGGACACUAUCCUUGUGGAUUACCCUGACCCAAGCCAGCCUUCUGCUGAAGAGAUAGCUGAGAGGAUGGAGUUUGUGGAUGAUGAGGACUGUUUGUGUAGUGAAACUCUGUUGUCUGCUCUCGCCACAGUGAACAAUGAUCCUGCAGCAGGACAUGAGAAGGACCGGCAUGCCACGUUGAGCGCCCAGAGUGGUGCUGGCCACAACUUUGAGAAGUGCUACUGUUGUCACUAUGAAGAGGAUGACCCUGUGGUUAUAGCAGAGAAUGCAGGAUUCUGCUCUGACAGCUGCAGCGAAACAGAAGAGCCAGCCAAACAAGAGCUAUCAGUGGAUUCUGACCAUGAAAAUGCAACACCCCAAGACCAAAGUGAUGAAAAUCUGGAUGAAAUUGGCUUGCUGAGAAAGCGAAACACAAAGGGGCCUGAAUUGUUGGGACACUGAGGGUCAUGCACAAUCCUGCCCUUUCUACCGACUCUGAUCUUUGCUUACAGGGCAAAGGCUGGUCUUCACUGUUGCAUACGCAGCUUCGAUCCCUUUGCAAUUGCUGCUUAUUUGAAGUGGAAGUCAGUGAGUCUCCUUACACACUAGCUGGUGAGCCCAGUAACAAUAGUAUUGUUACUUGUAGGUUCCCAAGGAGUUUGGAAACAAGAAAAUUUCCUUAUAGCUUCCAGCCUAGCUUCCUUUCACCAUAUUGUCUCCUGACCUGAAGCUUUGCUUCACUUCAUCCACUUGUAAAAAAAAAAAAAUACAAAAGUCAUCCAAUAGAAAUUUUCUCACUAAAGUUCCAGCAGCUUACUGGGGUGUUUAUUUGCUAAGAGCAGAGCCAGCCCUACCUUUAGGAAGCGAGGCAGCCCAUUUCAGGCUGCAGAUUUUUAUUUUUUUUACCCACCAGGCCUUUUGGAUUUUUCAUCAAAAUGUCUUGGAUUAUCUUUUGCUAAGUCACAGAAAUCCUUCACAUCCUAUAGUGAGGAAAUGGAAAUGUCAUAACUUCAUGCCUUUCAUGCAAAUGCCAUUUGAGCUUCUUGACUGGUAGACAAGAAGUUUCCUUGUAAACUAGAUGUGCUACUAUCGCCUUUUCUUGUUCACUGUAAUUAACAAAUAUUAUCAGGAUCUCUUUUCCUAGGUUGUUAAUGCAUGUUUAAGGGGAAUGAACAAUCUCUCAAAUCACCUGUGGCUCAGAAUUGCAAGCUUUCCUGUAAAUCAUGGCUUGUACCACAUGAUUCCUUAACUUAAAGGCCAAUAUUUUCAAAAGACAUUUCUGUGUAAAUGUGCUUGUAACAAAAGACAAAAAUUGAUUAUGGAGGUGAACAGAGGAGCCAACAGCUGACAGUGAUCUCUCUUGCUUGUUUAAUAACCAAACUAAAAACAUCCACAAGAAACUGGAGCAGAAAACCUGCUUCAUGAGCACAGGGAAACAAAGGGGACUUUCACAGGUAAAGUGACAGGUAACAUAACAUUUUUUCCCUGAGGCCCAAAGCACAGGUAACACAAAGUCGUGUGUGUGUGUGAGAGAAAGAGAGAGAAUUGCAGCCACAGAGGAUGCCAUAUGGAGCUGAAAAUCAGCAUGGGAAGGGAAAGAAGAGCAGCUUAACCUUUUGUCCUCCAGUGGUAUUUUCCACUAAAAUAGUUGUUUCAUCAUAAUUAUUUAUAUUAAAGCUAACUAUAUUUAUAAGCUAUGAUUAUUUAUUAUAGCACUGGUAGGGGUUAUUUUCCUUUAUGCAAGUUCACUUUUGAAAGGUCUUUUGACUCCACAGAGCUUUUCUGGUUAAUUCAAAGUGUGCUUUUAUUUGAGGGUGGGUGGGAGUUUACGACAAUUGCAGCUGGCAGAGGAAAAUGGAAGGGAAGAAGGGAAGACAGUUGCCUCACUUCCUUAGUGAUUGUUUCUGCUCUACGAGCUAAGGAUGGGAUAGAAGCAGGGAGGUCAAUGGAAUUCUCUGAGCUUGGGCUUUGAGAAGAAUUUUUGGAGCUCAGAAAAGGACCUCCCACCACCAAGGACUCAGGGAUGGACUUCCUGAGCCUCUGAGAGUUCUUCUCUGAGUUUGGAGAGGUUCUCCAUAUCCCUUCCCACCAGGCUUUUGUCAUAUUCCCCUCCUUUACUGACCAUCUCAGUAGGAGAAUCAGCAGUAGCACCAACAGAGGCUCCCUGCCCACCCACAGUACUAGGAAAAAAGCAGCAGUGCUGCUGCUGCCCAAGACUUGGGUUGGUGUUUUUCUCCCCCUUUGUAGCUUUCCAGAGCAAAGUUGUGGUGACCCUUUGGAUUUGGAGUCUUCCCAAGGACCACCUCAAUGCAAAUGCAUUGCAGAAUGUCUCCAGAUCCCAAGGGCCACCAUGACUGUGUGCUGACGUGCUUCAGAGGAGCAUGUGAGGGCAACAAGAGGAGCUGGAGGGAAAACACUUUUUGAAUACAGUGCUGCCACUUUCUUCCUUGAGUAAGGGAGUGAGCCUUCCUCCUCCCUGCACCAUGGUGCCACGGCUGAUUCUCUCACUGCUCUGCCGAUAGUCCCAAGUCCAAUAAGCAAAAGGGUGAGAGGCUGGUGGGAAGGGGGCUAAGAACUUUUCCAAGCUAUUCCCAUUGGUCUGAGCUCUUAUGGUCUUUGAAGCAAAGAACUUUGAUUAUUUCUGGGCCAGUUUGAUGGGAGCUCUGAGGAGUUUGCCCAUCUCUAGUUACAAUAGGAAAGGAAAAUGUGGCUCUUUAUAAGGCAGUGAGACAUUUGUUGGUUUUGCUGCCACAAAGCCUAGUUUGUGGUAACUUUGAAACAUUAAUUUUAACUUUAUCUGAUAUUUUAGCUAAAUUAAAAUUGGUCAAUACAAGCUAUUCUGUUUGAUCAGUUUCUGUUCCAUAAAUAGAGAUCUUUAGUAAUUCUGGUUUUUCAAAACUUAAGCAAAACCUGCUUUUGUGAAGUUCAGGAUCAUUUUGUGCUUCAUGUUGGAUAUUACAGCUAUCUACUUCAGGAACAGUUUGCCACUCACAGGUAAUGGAAAAUGUUAAAGGAAAUAUUGUAAGUAUUUUUCUCUUUUAAAUUGUGUAUUUAUUUUUACCUUAUUUAUUUUCUCUGACUAAACUGAGGUAAAAUUUCA